AACGCAACAUCCAUCUUCAAGCUAGCAGCAGCAGCAGCAGCAAUGGAGUACAGGAUGGCCCUGUUCCUGGCCGUGGCCCUGGUGGCCGGCCCCGCCUUCGCCUUCGCCUACGCGCCCGUCACCCCGGCAACCCCGGCCGCCGGGUACCCGAAGGCGUCGACGGACGAGCAGAAGAUGAUCGAGGACAUCAACGCGGGCUUCAAGACCGCCGUGGCCGCCGCCAACGCGGCCCCGCCGGCCGACAAGUACAACACCUUCGAGGCCGCCUUCAAGAAGGCCUCCACCGGCUACAAGGCCGGCGUGAGCGCCAAGCUCGACACGGCCUACCAGGCCGCCUACAAGGCCGCCGACGGCGCCACCCCGGAGGCCAAGUACGACGUCUUCGUGGCCACCCUCACCGAGGCGCUCCGCGUCGUCGCCGGCGCCGUCGAGGCCCACGCCGUCAAGCCCGUCGCAGAGGAGCUCGCCGCCGGCGCCGGCGGCAAGAUGCCCGCCGACGAGCUCAAGAUAGUCGACAAGAUCGACGCCGCGUUCAAGACGGCGUCCACCGCCGCCAACGCCGCCCCCGCCAACGACAAGUUCAACGUGUUCGAGGCCACCUUCAACAAGGCCCUCAAGGAGAGCACCGGCGGCGCCUACGAGAGCUACAAGUUUAUCCCCUCUCUCGAGGCCGCUGUCAAGCAGGCUUACGCUGCCACCAUUGCUGCUGCUCCUGAGGUUAAGUAUGCCGUGUUUGAGGCUGCAUUGACCAAGGCCAUUACUGCCAUGUCCGAGGCGCAGAAGGCCAAGGGCGGUGUCACCGUUACCGCCACCGUCUCCGCCGGCGCCGCAGCCAAACCUGCCGCCCCCGGCUACAAGGUGUAGAGCUCUCCAAACCGCCGGCUCGAUCUGGUUCUGAUUAUAUCUGAGAUUUAUAUAUAUAUAUAUAGGCGCGCGCGGGAGAGAGAGAGAUGUCUUUUGAUUGAUUGGUUGAUUGAUUGAUUGAUUAUUCGUUGAUUAUUGCUGGAGAGCAAUAACCAUAUAUUGUAAUCCAGUUCUAUAUAUAUUCACUCAUUUUAAUAUAUCACUUUUACUAA